GCCUUCUCCUUCAUCUGCAACGUCUCAGCUCUCUCCUCUUCAUCUCCCUGCAAGGCUUUCAGUUUCAGAGCCUGUUCAGUUUCUUUUUCCUCUUCAUUUCGAGCCCCCCGUUACUAUUUUAUUUCCUCUAUUUAAGUAGCUGCUCGUCAGCACAGCUAGCAAAACACAGCCUUUCCUUUUCUUAGCUCCCCUGGAAAGGGAAAAAAAAGGUUCUAGCUUCACCUUCAUUUGUCAACUACCCAUCUCCAAAAAUGUCACCAGAGUCCGUCUUUGAGUGUUUUCCCUUCCUUCCUGGAACCGGGUCUUCGCCAUUUUUCAGUGUCGAGGUUGUUCUCUGCCUCAUUCUCUUUGUUUCCGUUUUCUCUUUCUGGUUAGCUCCAGGAGGCCUCGCUUGGGCUUUGUACAAGACAAAGUUCAAUGUUCAAUCUCGAACAGCUAUUCCUGGUCCUUCAGGUUGGCCUUUCCUUGGGAUGGUCUUGGCUUUUACAGAUUCCUUGACUCAUAGGGUUCUUGCUAAGAGCUCUCAGCUGGUCAAGUCGAAGUCUUUGAUGGCCUUUUCCGUGGGCUUCACUCGCUUCAUUAUCUCUAGCCAUCCUGAAACGGCUAAAGAGAUCUUGAACAGUUCAGCUUUUGCUGAUAGACCUGUUAAAGAAUCCGCUUAUGAGCUUUUGUUCCACAGAGCAAUGGGGUUUGCACCUUUUGGUGAGUACUGGAGGAAUUUGAGGAGGAUAUCAGCCACCCAUUUGUUUAGCCCUAAGAGAAUCGCUUCUUUUGGCCAUUUUAGGUCAGAAAUAGGGCUGAAAAUGGUGGAUGAGAUAAGGGGUUUAGUGGAGAGAGAUGGCGAGGUUGAGGUUAGGAAGGUAUUGCACUUUGGGUCACUAAACAAUGUCAUGAAAAGUGUGUUUGGGAGGAGUUACGAGUUCAAUGAUCACAAGAAUAUUGAUGCCUGUGAGCUUGAGGGUUUGGUGAGCGAAGGUUAUGAAUUGCUUGGAAUUUUUAACUGGAGUGACCAUUUUCCUUUCCUGGGGUGGUUGGAUUUGCAAGGAGUGAGGAAGAGAUGUAGAAACCUGGUCUCAAAGGUGAACGUUUUUGUAGGGAAGAUCGUAGAGGAACACAGGAUGAGGAGGGCUGAGAAUGGUAGAGGCUCUGAUGAUAAUUCUGGUGAUUUUGUUGACGUGUUGCUGGAUUUGCAGGAGGAGAACAAGCUCAACGACUCUGAUAUGAUUGCUGUUUUAUGGGAAAUGAUCUUUAGGGGUACUGAUACAGUGGCUAUCCUCCUUGAAUGGAUUCUUGCAAGAAUGGUUCUACAUCCAGAUGUCCAAUCCAAAGUCCAGUCUGAAAUCGACACUGUCGUCGGCAGCAACCGGCCAGUCUCCGAUUCUGACCUGCCUAACCUCCCUUACCUCCGUGCCAUUGUGAAAGAAACAUUAAGAAUGCACCCACCAGGUCCUCUCCUCUCCUGGGCUAGGCUAGCCAUCCAUGACACCCAUAUAGGCCCCCAUUUUAUCCCUGCCGGCACCACUGCUAUGGUCAACAUGUGGUCCAUAACCCACGACGAGCAGUUCUGGUCAGAGCCGGAGGAAUUCAAGCCGGAAAGGUUCAUGGAUGAAGAUGUUGCUAUCAUGGGUUCUGAUCUCAGGUUGGCUCCCUUCGGUUCAGGAAGAAGGGUUUGUCCUGGCAAGGCUAUGGGCUUAGCAACUGUGGAGCUUUGGCUUGCUCAGCUGCUCCAAAAACUGAACUGGGUUGCUGGUGAAUCUGCAGUCGAUUUGUCUGAAAAACUGAAGCUCUCCCUGGAGAUGAAGAACUCCUUGGUUUGCAAAGCUAUGCCUAGGGUUUCUGCCUGAUAUCCAACAUAACAUGGAUAUCAUCAAAUUAAGUUUGGUUUGGCUUGCUGUUGUUAAUCUCCUCUAUGGUUUUUCAAAUCUCUGAAAUGGGGAGAUAAUCAAACAAAAACAAUAAAACGAAGUUAGUUUGGUUUGUGGGGAUCAAUUAGGUUUUUUAGCAAGUAUUGUGUUGGUGUUUCUAGUGUCAUUGUGAAAAAAGAAAGAUGCAUGAUGAAAUAUCAGGUCUUGGCUUGAAAACUUUCAGUGCACUUGUGUAUAAAAGUUUGCCAAAUAUCAAUGCAACAGUUUGUUUUGUGUUCGUAA